AUGCUAUCAGUCAUGAAGAAAAAUAAUAGCUUAACAUAUUUUUAUGGCAGCAUUGCUGACAUAGAUAAAGGGUCAUUUUCACGAGACAAAGAUGUCAACUAAGACUUACAAGAUUUGUUAGAAUAAUCCAUAAGUCCAAACAAGUAUUAUAAUUUAAGUUUCAGUAAAAUAAAAAUAAAAGAUCAUAAAAACGCCAAACUAAUUGUAAAUAAAGGUGAAGAGUUUGAAAUAGACUAUGUUUUUCACGAUUUCUUAAUCAAAGCUCUUCAAAGAUAGCAAAUUAUUUAAAAUAAAAAGUUUAUCUAUUUAGAAGAAGAUAACUAAAUGACUACAUAAUAAAAAUAAUAAAUCUAAGAUUAUCUAAAUAUGAGAAUUAUUAAAUUUGGUAUAUAAGAUAUUCAAAUCAUAGUAGGAAACACAACCUUCAAAUAAGAUCCAAGGUAUUAAAUUUAUAACCUGACAAUAGUUACCUUCUACAAAUACAUAGCAUCUUCAUAAUCAAUCAAUCCAAAGUGUAUUUUAUACGACUUAUUUAACUGA